AACAUCAAUACAUCGCAAGCGAUUACUAUAUAUGAACAUUUUAAAUUAAAACAUUCUUAUGGUACACUUAUAUGUAACAGAUGUCGAAGUGAUUUAGGUCCGUUUAUCAAUAAUGAAAAACAAGAAUUGCAUGAAGCACGGUUUAAAUGGAUAUUAGAUAUAAAGAUAAGUGAUGACGAAUCCGAUAAUGAAAGUUCUGAUGCUGGUUCAAAUUUUAUUCCAUCACAAAGUUCUAUUGGAAGCGACCAGUCUGAUAUUAAAAAACAACAAUGUAUGGCAUUAAACAAAUUUCUUGAACUUUGUAAUAUCAGAAAACAAGUUCGAGUUACAAAAUCUUACACUAAUCUAACUGAACAAUCAAAACGAAAUUUUUUAUCAACAACAAGAAUAAUGAUUAAAUCAAUAGUAGGAUUUGUAGCUCUCAAUGAUACCAAUAUUGUUAUUAAUGAAUUAUUUAAUAUUGAUGAUAAUAAAAGCAACAUCAUAUUAGAUGAUAAAUUUUUAUCCGUUAUGGCUGGUAUCGCUGAAACAUAUAAUAAUGCAACAGAAUGGUCUAUACGUCGACAAAUAUUAUCAAUCGUUGCAUCCAAAAUAAGUUAUAAAUUAAUUCAAGGAUUUAUCCCUGGUUUGACACUAUACAGAUUUACGGCAGCACGAUUGCAUGCAGCACAGUUCGGUACAGGUGCUGUGGUUGAGCGCACAUCCACAACAAUACAAAAAUUUGAACCUGAGCAAAUAAAUCACUUUGUUGAUUUCAUCAUCAGUCCUCACAUUUGCAGUGAUAUGCCAUUUGGUGAAAGGAUCUUAAAGUUACCCAAUGGCUCAGAAUUAUAUGUACCUGAAACAAUACGUAACGUAAUUCCAACUCGUAUUAUUCAACAGUAUUAUCAAUAUUGUGAUGAAAUGUUUUCUGGCUUUAAAACAUUAAAUUCUUCCAGUUUGUAUAAAAUAUUAAGUAUUUGUAAAGCAUCAACGCGUAAAUCAUUCCAAGGCCUAAACUACUUCGCAGCGGAUGGGAGUGAACCGUUUGACUGUUUGAUAGAAAUUAUUCAAGAUAUCCAUAUUGAUCGCGAUAAAAAAAAGCAUUUAAUUGAUAAUUUGAAACGCGGCAAACAAUAUAUAAAAUCAGAUUUCAAAGUACAUGUUGCAAAAUUAUCUACCAUAGCUGAUCAUUGUAUAACAUAUGCAACGAGAUUAUGUAUAUUAAAUAAAUGUUUAUCACUAACGUUAUCCGUUGCAUAUGGUUUACAGUCACCGGGUGAUGAUAUUAUGGAUUGCGCACAACUAAUUGAUGAUAUAAUAUUUAUGUUUAAAUAUAUUCGAAAUGAGAAAUUAGAACAAAAUUAUGAAGAAAUUUUUUAUGAUGUCAGAGAGUUAUGCGAUAUAACUGGUCAUGAGGUGAAAAUGCCGCGGAUAACUGGUAGACAGAUAACUCGUUCAAAUGUACCAUCAACAACACCACAAGAAUAUUAUCGUGUUAAUUUAUUCAUUCCAAUAUUAGAUCAUUUUAUUGCUUCACUUAACGAACUAUUUUCUACUCAUCAGUGGUUGGCAUUAAUUGUGUCUCGUUUAAUCCCAGCAUUCAUCGAAGGAAAAACAUUUGAUGAUAUUAAAGAAGCUGUUGAAAUGUAUCAGGAUUUGUUACAUGGUUCAACAGCUGUUAUUAAACAAGAGUUUUUAUUAUAUCAGACGAAAUGGAUCGAUAUUCAGUCACAUGACCGUCCUAGUAAUGGUAUGGAAGCUUAUCUGUCAUGUAAUGAAACAUUUUAUCCUUAUAUAAAAAUAUUAUUAAAAAUUUAUGCAGCAAUAACAACCGCGACCGGUGAAAGAUGCUUUUCCAUAUUGAAGCACCUAAAAACAUAUUUAAGGUCAACUAUGUCCGAAGAUCUUCUUAAUGGAUUAGCAAUGUUAACCAUAAACUCGGAUAUAACCCCCUCCCCCCCAUAA